UGGACACUGCUCUCUACUGUAAUUUCUGCAGCUGGCCGAGCGUGUGCGAGUGGCUUUCAGAAUCCGGAUAUGAUGAAAAUGUUUUAGACCAAACUUUUAUCAAGCGAACCAGCAGAACGUCGAGGACAAUUAGGAGUAAUAUUACAACUCGUCCCGCGCGAUAAUCGGAAUAAAGCGAAUCAUUGGAAACGUAUGGAUAACUUUGGACAUAUUUGAAUUUACAACUAGUGCUGCAUUUUCAAACGGGAAGGCGUUUCACUAUGGAGGAGGGAUGGGAAUGAGUCAAACUUGAGGCAGGGAGUUGUCAUGUUUGUAAGGGUCAAGGGCUAAGGAGGAAAAGGAGAACCUUCGUUAUCUGUCGUGUAUCUCUCCAAGAGGACUGUCUCAUGUCCACGGAUACCGUCUUACCUCCGGAAGGGCCUGCUGGGCCAGGGGAGAACCUUCAACAGGAGACAAGUCCUCUUCUCCCAAACUCUCACGAUGCUUGUGACCGUAACGAAUCAUCUGAAACUACAAACCCAUCCGGAACAUCGUGUCCCAGAGGCAUGUCCACCGAAGUACAAAGUCACGUGACUGAGGGAAACACGGCCUAUUGUGACCCUGUUCGAACUCAACCUCAGCCGCUGCCCCAGCCAACCACCUCUGCGCAGGGAGAGCCCGACGAGGGAGGGGAAGAAACUGCUUCUGCCAGCAGUCAAAAUGACCACCAAUCCUCCACCGGCCUGAGUAACGGCAAUGGAAUUCGCCGGCAAUGUACCUGUGGGGUGGAGCAGCAUCCAUCGCCCGGCGUCUCCCAGAAGAUGCAGAGCCAGCUUCGUUCCAGCCUGUCGGUCAACAGCGACAGCAGCAGACAGAGUAAGGGAAGCUCCACCGGAUCCCACAAGCCUGGGACAUUACCAGAGGACUGCUGUGUCCACUGCAUCCUGGCCUGCCUGUUCUGUGAGUUCCUGACCCUGUGCAACAUGGUGGUGGCCCAGGCUAGCUGUGGCACCUGCACGUCGGAGGUCUGCUGCUGCUGCUGCGCAGAGGACAUGGGAGACGACUGCAACUGCCCCUGCGACGACAUGGACUGUGGCAUCAUGGACGCCUGCUGCGAGUCCUCCGACUGCCUGGAGAUCUGCAUGGAGUGCUGCGGCAUCUGCUUCCCCACAUAGGAAGGGCCAUGAUGGGAUUGGGAAUGAUGGCCGUAUUGCUACUGUAACCUGUACUUUACACUCCAGCAGAGGGAGGGAGUGGGGGAAAGUGUGUGUGAGUUAGCAUAUGUGCGUGUGUACAAGUGCGUGCCUUCGAUAUAAGCCUACACAGAGACAUCUGUUAAUCUACACUGGGCCUCUCUGCCAACAUGGCCAAGCAGGGGCCAAAAAUAGUUUAGAAAUGCUUUUGUUACAUACCACAAGUAUAAACAUGUUGUUUUAAUUAACCAAAGUGUGUUUACUGUUGACAAAUAUGUUAAUCAGCUCUUUAAACAGUAUUACUUUAGAUGCCUUAUUGGAUAGGAAGAUCUCUAUCAUUUCAGGAAUCCUAUCCGACUGACAUAUUUGCCUUUAAAAGUGUUCUUCUUUUUUCGACCAAACUGUCAAUUCCUGACGCAAAAUCAAAGGAAUACAUAUUUUACUUUGAUAUUUAGCAGCCUUUUAGUGUGUUUAGUAGAGGUUGACCGAUUAUGAUUUUUCAAUACUGAUACCGAUUAUUGGAGGACCAAAAAAGCCGAUACCGAUUAAUCGGCCAAUUUUUAUUUAUUUGUAAUAAUGACAAUUACAACAAUACUGAAUGAACACUUAUUUUAACUUAAUAUAAUACAUCAAUAAAAAUCAAUUUAGCCUCAAAUAAAUAAUGAAACAUGUUCAAUUUGGUUUAAAUAAUGCAAAAACAAAGUGUUGGAAAAGAAAGUAAAAGUGCAAUAUGUGCCAUGUAAGAAAGCUAACGUUUAAGUUCCUUGCUCAGAACAUGAGAACAUAUGAAAGCUGGUGGUUCCUUUUAACAUGAGUCUUCAAUAUUACCAGUUAAGAAGUUUUAGGUUGUAGUUAUUAUAGGAAUUAUAGGACUAUUUCUCUCUAUACGAUUUGUAUUUCAUAUACCUUUGACUAAUGGAUAUUCUUAUAGGCACUUUAGUAUUGCCAAUGUAACAGUAUAGCUUCCGUCCCUCUCCUCGCUCCUACCUGGGCUCGAACCAGGAACACAUCGACAACAGCCUUCCUCGAAGCAGCGUUACCCAUGCAGGGCAAGGGGAACAACUACUCCAAGUCUCAGAGCGAGUGACGUUUGAAACGCUAUUUGCGCGCACCCCGCUUACUAGUUAGCCAUUUCACAUUGGUUACACCAGCCUAAUCUCACCAGCCAUAAACAGUGCAAUGCUUGAAGCACAGUAAAGAGCUGCUGGCAAAACGCACAAAAGUGCUGUUUGAAUGAAUGCUUACGAGCCUGCUGGUGCCUGCCAUCGCUCAGUCAGACUGCUCUAUCAAAUCAUAGACUUAAUUAUAACAUAAUAACACACAGAAAUACGAGCCUUAGGUCAUUAAUAUGGUCGAAUCCGGAAACUAUCAUUUCGAAAACAACAUUUAUUCUUUCAGUGAAAUACGGAACUAUUCCGUAUUUUAUCGAACGGGUGGCAUCCCUAAGUCUAAAUAUUACUGUUACAUUGCACAACCUUCAAUGUUAUGUCAUAAUUACGUAAAACUCUGGCAAAUUACUUUGCAAUGAACCAGGCGGCCCAAACUGUUGCAUAUACCCUGACUCUGCGUGCAAUGAACGCGAGAGAAGUGACACAAUUUCACCUGGUUAAUAUUGCCUGCUAACCUGGAUUUAUUUUAGCUAAAUAUGCAGGUUUAAAAAUAUAUACUUCUGUGUAUUGAUUUUAAGAAAGGCAUUGAUGUUUAUGGUUAGGUACACGUUGGAGCAACGACAGUCCUUUUUCGCGAAUGCGCACCGCAUCGAUUAUAUGCAACUCAGGACACGCUAGAUAAACUAGUAAUAUCAUCAACCAUGUGUAGUUAUAACUAGUGAUUAUGAUUGAUUGUUUCUUAUAAGAUAAGUUUAAUGCUAGCUAGCAACUUACCCUGGCUUCUUACUGCAUUCGCAUAACAGGCAGGCUCCUCAUGAGGCAGGCGUUGGACUAGUUAACUGUAAGGUUGCAAGAUUGAAUCUGUCGUUCUGCCCCUGAACAAGGCAGUUAACCCACCGUUCCUAGGCAGUCAUUGAAAAUAAGAAUGUGUUCUUAACUGACUUGCCUAGUUAAAUAAAGGUGUAAAAAAUAAUAAUAAAUCUGCAAAAUCGUUCGUCCAAAAAUACAGAUUUCCGAUUGUUAUGAAAACUUGAAAUCGGCCCUAAUUAAUCGGCCAUUCCGAUUAAUCGGUCGACCUCUAGUGUUUAGUCAGUACUGUAUGACACUGUAAUAAUGUUGAUGUUUCUGGGAUGUGUUUUUCCUACUCAUAUUAAUACACCUUCAUGACACACAUUCAUGAACAAUAUGCGUCAACCGAUCAGAACAGCCGUAGUUCUAGUCCAUAUCUACUGUAGUUUGCAAAACCUAUACAUAUUGAAAAGCUUCAUGUAAAGAAAGUUUGAAGAUCAGCACUAAAUCCGGGAGAUUAAUGUAUACCUUUUCUGUUAAUAAUGUAUUUAAUCACUUUUUGUUCUGUUCCAUUUAAAUGAUGUAAAUGUACAUGCUUUGUAGGACACAUUUUAGUUGUCUUUCGGGUUCAAGUGUGCUUGAAUUACUUACAAAUGAAGCUCCAUUACGUAUAACCAAUGCUAAUCUCGGAAACCUAGAACUAAAAUCUCCUUCGCUUGUUAGUUGUCCCAUCCCAGUGUCUUUUGACAGAUGUUACGAUACCAUUUAUGCUAUGUAGUCUAAUAGCAAAAUAUCUACCUCCUGUGUCAACAAAUCUCUUUGAGAAGGAGUGAUGGAUCACAGGCAGGGUUAACUACAGGGUUAACAUUGAGUUAAAGGACAUCUGGGUUGUCAGGCUUUGGAGUAUGCUGCCAUUGCUGUUAUUAGAUCAGAGGAGAUUUUGAUUUAGGCCUACCGUCAGCAGUUCACUCCAGAUAUGCGUAGUAUUAAUCUUGUCAGAUUGUUCCUGAUUGUUGGCCUGAUAUAACUAAUGCUUUAAUUAACAUUUGAGUUAUGCUGUAGCGUGUGCCCUUACGCAAUGUUAAAGCCAUAUUGUUGGAAAUAAUGGUUUUAGUCUAUCCUGAAGACUCUCACCAUGGUUUUCACCUGUCGAUCUUUCAAGACGGGAAUAUACUGGAUAUACAUUGGAAAUACUGGCUACCUGGAAUAUACAAGGGCUAAGAAAUUUGUCCGACUGGUGAAUUGCACAACAUUUUCAUAUUGUAGGAAACAAUGUUUUUACAUUGACCACGACCAAUUAUUUGCUCAGUCUUACACUCCACUUUGAUUACAUACUGUACGGUACGACGGUUACUUCUGUGAUGUUAUUUUGGCAUGUAUUUGGGAUACUGCCUCCAGUAUUACCACUUCAACUGCACUCUUUAGAAACAGAAAGUGAUAAGGAAUUAUGACAUGGCUGACCCUGUUUGCCAUAAGCGGCUUUUGGAUUACAAGUGAAUGACUCGCAACACAAUAAGGGAAUAUUCUUGACUGUCAGUCGGAGGAGAAGAGAAUCCUAAACUAAUGCGCAACAUUUUUUUUUUUUCCCCAGCAGAUUUUUUUUCUCGUCUUAAUUCUGUGUAUCAAGUUGAGUUUGUGGUGAAUCAUUUCCCUCGGCCUCGAAGAAAAGAUUUGCUUUGAUCUUGUUUUAGUGAUACUUAAAACGGGGACUCAUUAGUGUGUAGCUAUUCUAAAUGGUAAUGUUCCUCCUCUUCACACCAUCAAAAGAUAAUGUGCUGUCAAAUCUUAGGCUUGCUUCUCUAAUGGUGGAUUGUUAUUAUGUUUAAAGGAGUUGGAAGGACACCUCCGCAGCCGAUAGCGUUCCGUCGCACUCUGUAUGAAACGAAGCCGCAGACCUCUUAACGUUCGUAUGACAAACUAACCACAGUCUUCCUCUGGAUAUGCAGGCCUAUUAACAGGAACAACACUAUAGAUAAUGUGAAGACAUAGUAUUUACAUGUAUUUAUCUUUUUUUUUUCAAACUCGUAUGUUUUUAUAUUCUGUCCAUGAGUUGAUGUGUAUGUGAUAUACUGUACCGUCUUCACCGUUUCUAUCUUCUAGAAGACCUCUUUUCACUGCAUUUAGCAUACAACACACUUUGUAGGCUGUUAUACAUGAAUUCAGAAUCAUGUCUGAAAUAAUAAAACACUUAAAAAUAA